UUUCAUUUCACUGACCCCUAAUUUCAAAUUCCCCAGUGCAGCUUCAACUGCAUAGAGGAAGAGCAAGCAACAUGUCAGCUCUGAAGUCGGACGCAUGCUCACCCCACCAAGCCCUUGCCCGAGGCAUGGGGUUCAAUAGCAACAAUGAAAGGCUUUGGUGGGCCACCUUUGGGCCUCUCCUGGAGAAGCUGCUGGCGCUCUGCGAUUACCCAGUGUCUCUCCAAUAUCAGCAUCUAUCAUUCAUCUAUCACCACAUUCUGCCUUACCUCGGCCCAUAUCCUUCCAUCGAAAACGGCUUUGCAUGGAAGACAGCCUACUCACCGGACGCAACGCCUGCCGAAGUCAGUCUCAACUUUGACGGGUCGAAGAAGACCGUGCGCAUGGAUCACGUUCCUAUCAGCCAGUGGAGCGGCACCCCGAAAGACCCUUUCUGCCAGAACAUUGCCCUCGAAUUGACCAAGUCCCUGGCUGCGGUGCUCCCCGACUUCAGUAUGGACUGGUUCGAUUACUUUGUCCAACAGAUGCACAUCCCCGAAUCUGCAACCGACAUAGUCCUCGCACGAGAGCCUCCCGAUCUUCGUCCUAUGGCCAUGCAGAGCGUCAAUGGGUGCGACCUUUUGGACAGUGGCGUUCGGGUGAAGCCCGUAUUUAACGCUCUUUGGAAAAGCAUUGAAACAGGGAUCCCCCAUGACCAGCUGCUCUUCGACUCCAUUCGCAACAAUAGUGACCUUUUCGGUCCAUACCACCCCGCCCUCAAACUCAUAGACGACUACUGCCAGUCGAAUCGAGCCAAGGAGUUUCAAACAAAGGGCUGUUUCCUCAGUUUCGACACCACUAACUCGAAAGACGCCCGCCUUAAAGUCUAUUUGCAUGGGCCGCAGACAGCAUACAUGAAGAUGCGGGACGCGUUUACUCUGGGUGGUCGCCUCAAUAACCCCAAUAUUCAAACUGGUGUGAGAGAGCUACGCAAGCUUUGGUAUGCGGUGCUCAAUCUGCCGCCAGACUUCCCCGAAACCGAAGACCUGCCUGCGACCGACGACCUUUACCAGGGUUGGCUGAUUAAUUAUGAAUUAAGGCCCGAUAACCCUGUCCCGGAGCCAAAAGUAUAUAUUCCAGUGGCAAUCAACAAUAAGGAUCAGGAUAGCAUCGUUCAAGGACUUCAGGAGUUCUUUUCACGACAUGAAUCCAUGGAUGUACAGGACUAUCGACACAUCUUUGAGUCGUUGUUCCUGGAUACAAAAAACCCCACGGGAAUUCACCACUUCAUUACCUUCAGUUACAAGUCCCAUCCCUAUGUCACUUGUUACUAUAAACCACAUGUGGUACCAGUCCCAGCUAGGGAACUAGAAAGGCCAGAUGUGAAGGAGUCUCCUAAGUUGGAAUAUCCAGAAGCAUCUAAUUGAACCUACAAUGUCUGUCUAUGGCGUUAUAAUAUCAAACCAACCUUUACAUAUUCCCCUAACUUGUGCUAUUCCACACACAUUUACAUGUCGAUGGAAAGUAUUUAUCACUCCUCGGGGCAUGGUUGUCCGCUCUAUACCUUGAAUUAAUUACCCAUUCUACCUUUCUAUCAGAGACAUGAGCAGUUACGUAUGUCAGUCAACCGAGAUCUAUUACCGGGAAUUGUUU